CUGCUGGUUAUCUACAUGUAAAAUUGGUGCGACGUCAGGGCGUCCAAUCAAUUUCAAUCAAAGCUUCCCCUCCAGCCAAUCAGAUUUACCUUAAACAAACCCAUUAGAACUCUUUCGGUACCCUUUCCCCACUAGAAUUUCAUCUACAAACGGACGCUGUCAUCGCGAUUUCACAUCAACGCUUGAUAAGAUUUCGAUCAGGAAUCUACCCAAAUAUUAUACCUAUUCGGAUAGACGUAUUAUGAGUGCGUCAAUCCACACAGAAUCUACUGUGGAUGUCGCCGAGGAUAUCCUUUUUACGCAGUUCAUCUGAGGUGAUACACUCACGAUUUAAUCAUUCAAAUCCCAAACAAUGCGUCUCCGAAAAUCGAAUCAAAGGAAACGUUUCAACACCAGUACUGUUCUAGAUCUUUCUGAUGGCGAACAAUCAACCACAGUAAACCAAAGCCGCCAGUCGUCUGAUGAAGAAUUCGUAGUGGACACACGGCGUCAGCAGCCACUAGAUGAAGAUGAGCAUGGUGCUGACCCCCAAGACUCAUCUGAUUUCGAAGUAAACAAUGGCAAGAAAUCCGAAUCGAGACGGAGGAAGAACCGGCGCUCAUGGGCCGUUUCAAAUGCAACUAAAUCGUUCAGCAAAGUUGAGCCCUAUCCAACAGAUCCAUCUCAGAAAUGGACGAGGACGUAUGUUGGCCCAGUAAAGAGGUGGACACGAUUACUCCAUCUCGUAGAUUACUGGUUCGGCGAGAUGGAUAAUCGUAGGGAAAUAUUUAACGGGUUCAUGAACCUCUGGUUCAAUUUUCAACUCGUUCCCCCUAAACUUACAUUGGGGUCUGAACAGUUGGAGAUGGCAAGAAAUGGCUGGAUGCCUGACAAUUUCGCCCAGGAUAUGGAAGACAAAUUUCGCAGUUGGUAUUUAAGAUAUCUAUCUAUGGCAAAUACGCCACAGACAUCGACAUUAAUCGACGAGACUAAGGCGCUUCGAUGGUUUCUUCCACAGGCCAAGAGCGACAUGGGUGUUUUGCUUGGUCAUGUGUCGGACCAGAAGGAAUACCGCAUCAAACAAGGCGAAUCUAUACCAUUUUCUGAUUAUGGAAUACCGAUCGAAGUCGAAGGUGAUGAUGAAGUACGGAGCGGAGGUUGGCUACUUGAUGUGGGAGGCAUCGUCCUCUCUAUGGGAUGGGCUCCCAUCAAAGGAGAAGUCGAUCAAUUUCUAGCUAUGGCAACUAUACCAUAUUCAGACCAGGCUUAUUAUAAAAACCUUGAUGAUAUGCCAAAGGGGUCGGAUAUGAAGGAAGGAACUAUUCAAAUUUGGAGAUUCAAAGCGGAAAAGGACAAUAAAGGGGUUCUCCGACCGGCGCGCUCAUCUCCAAAAUUAGCCCAAGCGCUAUGUUUUCAUUGGGGAAGGGCGCUGCGAAUGCAGUGGUGCCCCGUCCCUCUUUCAAUAGAGGACAACAUAGCUCUGGUGGCUGCGCUAUGUGGUGAUGGGACGUUAAGGGUUAUCAAGGUCAAUCUUGGCGCAGGGAAAGAUAGUGAGGGAACAUUUGAGGAAUUGCAAGACCCAAUGGUUACUAUCAGGCCCCCUAAAGAGCACACCGUGGAAAUCAAUUGUUUCACCUGGUGCAAUAUGAAUCGGAUUGCUGUGGCUCUUUCGGAUGGAUCGGUAGUAUUAUGGUCGCUUUCGCCCUGCUUACCUCUGAUGCGUCACCCUGUCCACGGGAGCCCUAUAAUGGACAUUGUAUCCGGUUACCCUUCUAACUCAUUUAUAGUCGCAACGAUGCCGAUGGGUGGAAUGUUCACCUUAACUGAUCUAAAUCGACCGACCGCCGAGAAGACGUAUCACGGUAAUCCUGUAGUUUCUCUUCAGCCGAAUACCCUUGUGUGGAAUGAUCAUCUAAGAGGGUUCGCAUCUAUAUGGCCCACAUCUUUUCCAGGAACUUCGACUAUUUCAUUCGUACACUCUCGGGUGUUCCCUCUAUCUCGUCAUAUAUGCACCGUUGAGGGGCAGACGAUGUGCCUUGCAUUCGGAAAGUGUCAUCCAUACCUCCUUGCUGGAAGCUCAGAUGGCUCUGUUUGGGCUCUCAACGUCUUGCGCAAAAUGUCAUCACAUAGGGACAAGACGCACAAACUAAAAAUCUUCCAGCACGAGUAUUGUGCACCUCGGCCAUCAGGUGCAGCAACUGACAACCACGAGCAAAGUUCGCAGCGUGGAACCUGCCGCAUCAUCCACGGCUUCCUUCCGCAGGUAAAUAUACAUCCUCUUGGCGUGAGGGUUGCGAAGGAAAGUAGAGUCAAACGAGCCAAAAAAGCAAAGGGUAAAGAAAAGGCCAAUGAAGCAGAUGACGGCCCUGCAUCUGACGAUACGGAGCGAGAGGACGACGAAAAUUUCACCAUGGUCCCGGGACCCAUUACUAUUCACGAACCCCUAACUCGGGUUACGGCUUUAUCUUGGAAUCCAAAUGCGGAAUUCGGCUGGUGGGCUGCAGCGGCAAUGGGUUCCGGAUUGGUAAGAAUCAUGGAUCUCGGCAUUGAAGAUGAUGAAGAAAAAUCGCAUGAGCAACGAGGACAGCCAGGAUCCUUUGGUCCGGAAGAUGGAACUGCUGGUGAUCCUGAUGGUCUUAAUGAUGAAGAUGAGAUGGAAGAAGAUUCUGAUGCAGAUAUAAACAUGACGCUGGAUGAUUAAGUUAAGGCCCAGAUAGGCAGUCCAGACGCGAGUAAUUUCGAUCGCAUAGAUGAUACCCGAUGCCCUAAGGGCGUCUUUAGCAAAAAUUGAGCUUCCUUUCCGAUGUUCUCACUUUGCUAUUAAUUUCGGUAUAUCGUUUUAUGACCU